AUGGUGACGACACUUUUCCGGAAUCUGGUCCUUCGGCCGGCCAUCCGACCCGCAAUGGCCCCGGCGGCCCCAAUCGUGCGGUCCUUCUCGACAACUCCCGUCCAGAGUGCAACUCUGAACCAGGUCCUCCGAGGCUGUCGCAAACCCCAACCAAAGCGCCAUCCUGUCUCGCCCGCCCUCAGUGCCAUCAAGGCCCCCAUGCUCAAGGGCGUUUGCGUAAAGGUCGGCAUCACGAAGCCGAAGAAGCCUAACUCAGGUGAACGUAAGACGGCGCGUGUACGCUUGUCGACUGGCAAAGUCGUUACAGCCUACAUUCCCGGUGAAGGUCACAACAUUCAGCAACACAGCGUCGUUCUUGUCCGCGGUGGUCGUAGUCAGGAUUGUCCCGGUGUGAGAUACCACUUGGUGAGAGGAGCGUUAGAUCUGGCUGGUGUUGCCAACAGGAUGACGAGCAGGAGUAAAUACGGUGCUAAGAAGCCGAAGAAGGCUACCGUUGGCUAA